AUGAAGAGAAAGGAAAAGAAAGAGAAACAGAAGAAAAUUGAAGCCUCAACAAGCAAAAUCAACAAUUUUUUUCAAAAGAAAACUGAUCCAGAGCAGGAUGUAGAAGGUGGAAUGCCAGUGGAGACUGAAACUUCUGUUUCUGAAACUGAAAUUCUUGAAACAUCUAAUAUAUGUCUUUUAGCUGAAGAGGAGACCAAAGAGAGAGAACCUCUUAUGAAAAUGCCCAGGAAGGAGACUGCAUUGUCUCCUCCACGGGAAAAAUCCCCUUCCCCAGAGGAUUUCUUUCUUCAUUCUCAUUAUUUGAGAAAGGCUGGAAUCUCCAUGGAAAUGUUCUGGGAAUUUCAUCCUAAACAACCUACUCAGGACUUCCCAUUCAAUGGAAACCUUGUGUACUUCAGAAAAGGUACACAAGGAUCAAAUAUCAAUAGAAAAUGGGUUACUUAGAAUGACAAAAAGAAGACCCUGUACUUUUCAAUUUUCCUUAUGUAUUGUACAGAAAAAUAUCAUCAUACUCAUUGGAUUCAGGAUUGUAAUGACUGGAGACAUAUUACAACAAGACUCACCAAGCAUGAGCAAUCCCAGUGCCAUAAACCUGCUAGUGAAGCCUAUAUGAUCAAUAUUAAAGGCAAAUCAAUUAAGCACAAACUUUCAGUUGACCAGCUUUCUAUGAGGCACAAACAGGUACUUCAGCGCCAUGCUGUUCUAAACAACAUCAUUGAUAUUGCUUUUUUAUUGGAAUUCAAGCAUUGCCAUACAGAAGCAGCCAUUCAGAGUCUGUAG